AUGUCUGAGAACUUGAUUGUGCUCGUGGAUCAGGUAUUUAGGUGUCAAAGUAUUGUACCUUAUGCCCAGAAAACUGCAAGUGUAGUGAAGGAGGUCGGCUGGAAAAUCAAGUCCUUGCAGUCUGUGAAACUGUUGGGUGAAACAGGGAAACGAGCCAUGAAGGAAAUUCUGUUAGAUGAACAAUUCCUUUUCAUCCCAAUUUUGGGCUGUGUUCUGCAGAAUGUGAAGUCCAUCCCCUCAUUCUGUUGGGUUGCCCUUUACUCAGAAGAGCAGUAUUUCUGGCUUCUUGUGCUCUCACGAGGUUUGGUUGGCAUUGGUGAAGCAAGUUACUCCACUAUUGCACCGACCAUCAUAGGAGAUCUUUUCACCAAAAACACAAGGACUCUCAUGCUGUCUGUUUUCUACUUCGCAAUUCCUCUUGGCAGUGGCUUGGGAUACAUCACUGGGUCAAGCGUGAAGCAGGUUGCUGGAGACUGGCGCUGGGCGUUGCGGGUAUCUCCAGUCCUGGGAAUGAUGACAGGGACACUCAUCUUGAUAUUUGUACCUGCUGCUAAAAGAGGAAAUGUUGAACAACUUGGGGGACAGCUGAAGGCUCGGACCUCAUGGCUAAGAGACAUGAAAGCACUGAUUAGAAACCGCAGCUAUGUGUUCUCAUCAUUGGCCACCUCAGCUGUCUCCUUCGCCACAGGGGCCCUUGGCAUGUGGAUCCCUCUCUACCUUCACAGAGCACAGGUCGUGCAGAAGACAGCAGAGACGUGCAGCUCACAGCUCUGUGGCACCAAAGAUAGCUUGAUCUUUGGAGCAAUCACAUGCUUCACUGGUUUCCUGGGUGUAAUCACAGGGGCUGGGGCAACCAAAUGGUGCCGGUUAAAAACCCAGCGAGCUGAUCCUCUUGUCUGUGCUGUUGGCAUGCUCGGAUCAGCCAUCUUCAUCUGUCUGAUCUUCGUUGCUGCCAAGAGCAGCAUUGUGGGAGCCUAUAUUUGCAUUUUUAUCGGAGAAACUCUUCUGUUUUCAAACUGGGCUAUCACAGCAGACAUACUAAUG